AUGUCAAGCGAACAAAAACAGGGUGCUUUAAUUGUAAGUCGCAUGAGGAAAAAGAAGUGUGACGAAAGAAGACCAGUCUGCAAGAGUUGCGAGCUGAAGUUUUUGGAAUGUACUUGGCCACAGCUCAGAAAUAUACAAGAUAAUAAUAAUGAUAAAAAAUCCAAUACUGAAGGCGUUGGGGAACAAUAUUUAGUUCCAUUGUAUCUGUCGCUCGCACAAGAGAGUCCUAAAAUAAGAGUCAAGAAGGCGAUUAACACGUUGAAGAAAUAUGAAGAAUACGAGCACUUGGUAGAACCUCAAUUAUUUAACGUACCGGCGCUUAAUUAUGUUAUUCCCGAUGCUGAGAUUGACUCUGUUUUCUUAUAUCAAGUUUUCUGCAAUAAUUUUAUGCCCUCCUUAUCUCCACAAGUGGCUGCUCCCCAAAAGCUCCUUCCACUAUCCGUCUUUGUUCCAGAAUCUACUAAUUAUUUGUUGAGAGAAGUAUUUUAUUCUUGUUCUGCCGCCUAUCUCGCUAGGAAAAUACCAGAAUACCGCAACAUAAGUCAGUUGAAAUAUGCCAACCUCAUUCGAAUGCUUCAGAAAGAGAUUGAAAGUAAUAACCUCGAAGGUACUGAAGACUGGCUCUUUAUUGCUGUUCAAUGCUUAUGUCUCCGUGAAAAAGUUCUCGGGAAUACCGCCACUCAAAGUGCUAGACACCUAUCAGUUGCAUUUCGAAUUAUAAAGAAGCGACAAUGUAGCAGAAAAGCAUUAGCUACCGGACAAGUGGAGGGCAGUAGAGCUGAAGAGUUCGAAGGAUUCUUGAGAGAGCUAAGCUUUGGACCAGAAAUUGAAACAGAAAAUUCGGGCACAUAUGGACCAGAUAUAUCUGCUUUAUUUGGAUUGGACUUUGAUGAAAUUACCCCCACUGAAAAGACACUUGUGGAAAGCUUCAUUUACAACUACACUGUCUCGCUUUAUUUAUGUGAAGAUUGUGAGCUAAAGAAAUUUCCUUCGCCCUUUGAAGUAUUUGAUCACUUUAGAUCCCUUUUAAAUCGUCCAAUGUACGAUUGCCCUGUGGUUUGGCUAAACAACUCCGUUGUUGGGCCCUCACUUGAAGCAUUUGAAUUAGCUGGCAAGGCGUCCUGGCUUUCUAGAUGCUCCAUACAUGAUAACGAUUAUUUAAAAAAAAUGGCUUACCUUUUGCUUCAACAAGCACUUGAUUACUCUCCACCGGCAUUGCCUGCAGAGGUGACAUAUGCAAUGUCACAGAGUAAAUUGAAGGGAACUUUAUACAGUUUGAAGAUCGCUCAAGCUAUAGCAAAGGCAGCUCUCAUUUUAUUGAGAAAAGUUUUAAACCCUCAAUUGGAGACCUUUGAUUUGAUAAUUCAAAAAAACGUUGACAUAGUAUAUAAAUGUUUGAAAAACUUGCCUGGUAAUCAUGUUGCUAACGGUAUUUGCGGCUGGGCAAUCGUAGUAGCAGGAUCAUGUGCUUUAUCUGAUGAACAUAAAAAGUUAUUUCGUCAGCGGGCUAAAGACUUGGGCAAUUACCUUCAUGCUCAAUAUUCUGACACAAUGAUACUCUUUCUUGACAAAGCUUGGGGAGUCAUUGAUAACAAAUCACAAGGAUGCGACAUACUUUUAGAUCGGAAUGCACUAGAGCAGGUAAAUACAUAA